AUGUCCCGCCUCGAAGAAGCGCUGCGUGUCACGCGCGAACCGACCGCCAAGCACGUGGCGAUUGGGCCGACAUUCACCAGGCGGGAGGUUCCAGGGUCUCGCGCGCGUCGCCGGGCGUCGGUGCGUCAGGCGUCCCUUCGCGAUUUGCCGCCGGCCUUCUGGCCGUCUUCCGCGGCGGUCGACGCGCUGGGGGCCCAGGCAGCGAAACUCCGGCGCGAGGGCGUGGCCCAUCCGUAUGCGUCGCCGGACCUCAAGGCGAGAUCGAUAUGCGCGCGUCUGCGCGGCGCGACCCGUUGGAGCGCGCGCAAGGCUUUCCUGCCGUUCUGGGCUUCGGGCAAAGCGCCGGGGGCGGAGGCGGAUCCCUCGGAAGCUGGGGCCCAGAAGGGGCUGCUACCAUUCAACCAGUGGCACGCGACCUUUGAUGCGCACGCGGCUGCGGCAGCGAUCCUGGGCGACCAGCCGAGCUUCAUGUCACUGUGGUGUCAUAAGCACCACACGCUGCAGGUAGCCGCGCGAGCGAAUUCGCUCAACGAGCGGCCGCACUUGGCGCUGCACUUUGACGCGGUGGCGCGCCGCUCGCGGGCAGAGAGAUCCAGGGCGGAAGGCAAGGGGGGCCAGGCGAGCGACCGCCGGGGCGACCUGUGCCCAGCUGCGGGGUCUGCGGCGAGCGGGCACCGCGGCGGCUGGGUCAACCGCGGGAGCUGGCACGCUGGAAACCAGAGCGUGGGAAAGAGCGAGUGGCCCAGCAAAGGAGGCCGCAAGGGCAAGCGCGGCAACUCGGCGGCACCAAAGACGCCCGAGAAGCGCGGCAAGCGCUCGCGAGGCGUUGCGCGUUGCUUCACGAAGGGUGCGCCAAUCAUUGGAGCGCUGCCGUCGACGGGGAAUGGCAUUCCCGUGCUAGGGGAGGGCGCCUGCCCGGACGUUGCCGCGCUGCGUUCGGGCGCGGUGGCGCAUAAUCAAAAGAUUUUGAAGUCAAUGCGCGAAUCCGAGGGAGCGAGCGCGCUCCUAGAGAAGACGCGCGAGGACGCUAGUCUAGGGCGGAUGUCGCGGCCGAUUUCUUUCCCGCCGUCGGCGACUGCUGCCGAGAUUGCGCAAGUCAGUGGAGACGACGCGCGCUUGCUGCCGAGAUUUCCCGCAGCGCAGUGUAAGCCUGAUGGGAGCGUCAAAAUCAGGCCCGUCGAUGACGGCAACCGCGCCGGCAUUGCGGAAGCGACGCUGCCUGGGGGGAAACUUGUCGUUGACGGGCUCGAUCGUGUGAUUGCGGCGUGCCGCGCCUUCUUUGAAGCGAACGGCGUAGCGCCGGCCCUGUGGAGAGUGGAUAUAGAUGCCGCGUACAGGCGCAUCCCGCUUGCCCCAGGCCACGCGUUCGCGGCGUGGAGCGCAUUCCUGGCGGACGGCCGCUUGUGGGUCUCGCAGCAUUUUGUACGCCCAUUCGGAGCAUCUGGUUCCGUGUACGGGGGGGGCCGAGUUGCCGCUUUCCUUCGGCACGCUGUGCGGCGCCUGUUGCGGAUCCCAGCGGGGCGGUAUGUCGACGAUCACUUUGCCCCUGAAGCCGCAGAAUCGGUAGCGCAUGCCGCGGAAGUUUUCGCGCGGAUGGCGCGUGCCAUCCUUGGGCCCGGCAGCGUUGCCGGCGGCAAGCUCGAGUGGGGCAGCGAGCUUGUCGUUCUUGGGGUUCACUUCGCUCUCUCCGGCGCGGGCAUCCACUGCGCCCCGUCGGAGGACAAGGCGCGCAAGUGGGCUUGCGCGAUCACUCGCGCGCUUGAGUCAGGAAAACUCGAGCCGGGCGCGGCGUCAAAGCUGGCCGGGGCACUUUCCUGGGCCAGUCAAUCGCUGUUUAAGCGACUGGGCAGAGCUUCUCUGCGACCGCUGUUCGCGCAGCAGCGCGGCUGCGGCUCUCGCGUCAGGACUCCGCUGCGCAUAGCGUUAGAGUGGUGGCGCGAAGUGUUGGAUGCCGGUGUCCACGAAGUGGCGGAGUGGAAAGCCCGCCCGCUGGGCGCGGCGCAUUUGUUUGCCGAUGCGCGGAGCACCCCGCCGCGCGCGUCGGCCGUGCUGUUCGCGCGCGACCGCGUGUGGUAUACAGAUUGGGCGCCGGGCGCCGCGGUGUUGCGGCUGUUCGGGCAGCGUGGCGACAAUCAGAUUAUGAGCCUGGGGCUACUGGCCAUCGCUGUAGCCACGUCGUCUUUCAGGCAUCUCUUGUCGAACGCGGCGCCAGAUUUUUUUUCCGACAGCCGCGGUGCAGAGCAGGCGGUGGCGCGAGGCUCCGCCUGCCAUUUUGACUGCACCUGCCUCGCGCGCGGGGUGUGGGCGUUGGCUGCCGAAAUCUCGGCAUCCGUGCGGGUCCAUCGGGUGCCUUCGGCUGCGAAUAUCGCAGAUCCGCCAUCGCGUGAAGAUUAUGGCCUGGUGCGCCGCAUGGACGCGACUUACGUUGAGCCAACGUUGGACAACCGCUUCUACGCCCCUCA